AGGGGCGUAUACGUUUAUUGUGAGCCUUUAACGCGCGCUUUUCACGCAUAAGCAAGCGCACUACCUUUAUGUGGUCUAUGCUACAUGCUAACUUAGCAGCAGGGCCACAAAAACGCGAAUUCCCUGUGCAGGCGGUCGAUCCAAUCUGGUGUUUUUCGCGUCAGUAAGGAAGAACAUCAAGUAAACAAUAGUGUCUUGUAACCUUUUGCCAACCAACUCUGCAAUGGGCAAAAAGUCUCGCGAAGAGGACUCCUCAUCAUCGGAUGAAGAAGAGUAUGUUGUGGAGAAGGUGCUGGAUAGGAGGGUGGUGAAAGGCAGGGUCGAGUUUUUUCUCAAGUGGAAAGGAUAUUCAGACAAACACAACACAUGGGAACCAGAGAAGAACCUGGACUGCCCGGAGCUCAUUUCUGAGUUUAUGAAGACCUACAAGAAAAGUGGGAGCGCUACUUCAAGUAGCGGAGGCAGCAAGUCAAACACGGCUCCCCCAGGACGUGCAAAAGACUCCACUGGCUCGAAGAAGAGGGGCUCUGAUGACGAGGACGACGAGGAGGGUGGAAGCAAACCUAAAAAGAAAAAGGAGGAGGAAAUUCUAGUGGCCCGUGGCUUUGAGAAAGGCCUCGAACCAGAGAAAAUCAUUGGUGCAACUGACUCGUGCGGUGAUUUGAUGUUCCUAAUGAAGUGGAAAGACUCUGACGAGGCCGACCUUGUGCUUGCCAAGGACGCCAAUCACAAGUGCCCGCAGAUCGUCAUAGCCUUCUACGAAGAACGCCUCACCUGGCACGAAGACAGCGACAAGAAGGAGAAGGACGCUGUCAGCGCGUGAGUUGCUCACCUCCAAAAGGAAGGAGCAACUUCCCGGCGACAGGGACAUCCUUGAGUCAGACAUUUUUUUCCCCCCCUCCCUAACCCAUCCCCUCCUCUGUACAUUGUCCAGCAAAGACACUAAUACAGUGGACACAGAUCCUCAGCCACGACCCACCGGUGCUCAAGGGCCGCACUGCUGAGGAGGAUCCAUCACGCAGGAGAGAGGCUUUGGCAGAUACGGGCGAUGAUGUCCUCUGGGAGUGUUUCUACUGUUUUGUCUUUGUAUUCUUCACCCAUUUUUUAAAAAUGUUUGAAGUCAUCAUACCACUUUUGGUAUUUUGCAUCCUCAAGCACAUCGACGUCAGCUGCAAUCUUCUGUGGGGAAUAUAUUUAACAGCAAGCUUGUUCCAAGGUGGGUGUGCGUACCCACUCUGAACACGCACCAUUCGACUGCUUCAGAAGCAGUGUUUGCGUUUUAGUUCCUCUGUGUUUAAUAGCAUACCAUCGAUAGAAACAAAAUACACUCAAGCGGUCAUAGGUCUCGGGCCAAUUAUGUCUUUUAAGGUAGUGACAAUUUUCCCUGUCUGUUUUUAAAGCUGUCAUUUUUUUACAUGUCAGACACUUUGUAGUGUUUUUUUUUUAAUUUCUCGAUGCUAUUACAUAAUAUGACAAUUACAAUAAAUGGACUUUUUGCUCGGA